AUGUAUCUCUCGUUAUGCGGCACUUUCAACUCGGUCUACCUAAACUCGCGCAGCCGUGCUCUAGCCAAUCUUGCCUAUUGGAUCAUGCAAAUUGUAGGAGCUCUUGUAAUCACAGCUGUGACUGAUGCCAAAGGUUAUCAGCGUCGGCACCGUGCUUUUGGGGCCAUUUGCGUUGUCGCCGCUGUCAUUGGCGGAACAUGGAUUGCCAUGAUCACAUUUCUCUCAGUCAAUAAAAUUGACCGAAAUGACCCUCGAGGUGUUGACUGGACCGAUGGGUCAGCCUUUGCAGGUCCUCUAGUUAUCUACAUGUUCUUCGGAAUGUGCUACCCUCUCUUCCAAAACUUCCAUCACUGGCUGUACUCAACAUUCUCCAAUGAGCCCCAUAUAUUGGCACGCUACAGUGGUUACUUCAAAGGUGUACAAGCGUUUGGUACUGCAACUGCCUUUGGGAUCGACUCUCGCAAGACUCCUUUGAUCAAUAUGGGGGCAGCGUAUUUCCCACUAAUGAUGGUAGGAUUGAUACUGUCAGCUAUUUCUGCAUUCAAGUACACAACGAACACAAACUACGGCAAGGAGGUUGGCGUUAUUGUUCCGGCAGCCUUUGAGAGAGAGCUUGGGGUCCACACGGAUGACGGCACACUGGAAAUUGCAGGUGUUGCGGUGCCUCAAGAGGCACAAGGGGAGAAUCACGAGAAGCAAGAUCAGCACAUCUAA